GAGCUGUGUUCACUGUGGCUAAAAUGCAUUACAGAAAACUCAGGUUAACUAGCAGGCAGGGUGCUAGGCAGGGACGGACUGACAACUCAUGGGGCUCCUGGGCAAUAGGGGAUCAUGGGGCCCCUGUGUCCUUGCCCAAACUCAAAAAAGCCUAUGAAAAAGGUACCAGGGGCAUCUCAUGGGGCCCCCUACUGAACCCGGGCCCUCGGGCAGUGCCCGAGUUUCCAAAUGGUCAGUCCGCCCCU